GUAAGUUUGUUUUUUCAUUGGAAUUAGGUACUGAAAGUGGACAAAUAAAAAUAUCGAUGGCAGAUAAUGUGUUUAUUGAAGAACAGUGCGAGAAAUGCAUCAAUGAUGUAAAUGAUAGACAUCUUCAUAUAAAACGGAACAAUAAUCGUAUAAGACGAUGUUGGAAGAGGAGAACAAAGCUUGAAAUAUGGUUAAUUGUAUUUGGUGGAAUUGUUUCAUUAACAGUUCUAGCUGUUAUCAUCGCCUUGAUUAUUUUGUCAUCAAGAAAAGACACAAUUUGUAUGAGCGCCGAGUGUAUACGGGCAUCAUCUCGUAUCAUGGACCACAUCAACUCCAGCGUGGAUCCAUGUGACGAUUUUUAUCAGUUUGCUUGCGGGGCGUGGUUAAAAUCAACAGUCAUCCCUGCUGACCGUUCAAGCGUCAAUCAGUUUACUAUUUUAAGAGAUGAGGUUGAAGUCAUAUUGAAAAAUGCUUUAGAAAAGGAAUCCAGUGAAGACAUCAGUGCCAUUAAGAAGACGAAAGACCUCUAUAAAUCAUGUCUGAAUUUAACUGCCAUGGAAGAACUAGGAAUACAGCCAUUGGUUGAGAGUCUGCUGUCAUUAGGUGGUUGGCCAGUUUUACAACCAUCAUGGAAUGAAAGCACCUUUGAUUUGGUUCAGAUCUUGGCAAAAUUAAAGUCUUAUAAAAUAAGCCCAAUCAUCAACUUAUUUGUUGGAAUAGAUUUUAAAAAUUCUUCAAGUAGAAGUAUAUAUAUAGAUCAACCAACAUUUGGGAUGCCCGGAAGAAGAUAUUAUUUACGAGAUAGGGAUGAUAUCAUGGUCCAAGCCUAUGAGAAAUAUGCCAUUGAAAUGUCCAUAAAUUUAGGUGCAGAUCAGAAAACAGUUAAAAAUGAUUUCACAGAAAUGGUGGACUUUGAAUUUCAACUAGCUAAUAUUUCAGUUGCAGCUGAAGACCGGAGAGACAACGAAAUUUUAUAUAAUCCAAGUAGUAUAGCAGAUCUUACUGCGAACUAUAGCAAGUUUGAAUGGUUUGAAUAUAUUAAACAAGUAUUCGAGAUGGACGGAGUAGAACUUAAUAUAACACUAGAUGAAAUAAUUAUCAACAGAGCACCUCGGUAUUUCGAUCAAUUAUUUAUUCUUUUAGAACGAACACCAGCAAGGAUCUUAGCUAACUAUGUAUUGUUUCGACUUGUUCUUGAAAGAGCCCCGCUAUUAACUAAUAUAUUUAGAGAUAUUUUAGUUGAUUAUCAUAAGGUAAUAUCAGGAAUAAAUGUUGCACGAGAUCGAUUUAGAACUUGUGUAGGAUACGUUAAAGACACAGUUUAUUUAGGUGUUAACAGAUUAUAUAUCGAUGAUGUGUUUGGUAAAGAUUCCAAAACAAGGGCACAGGAUAUGAUUGGUAAUUUGCGUUCAGCGUUCAAUGAGUUGUUAGAUGAACUGAAUUGGAUGGAUGAACCCACCAGAAAACUAGCCAGAGAAAAGGUUGAGCAUAUUGAUAGUCAAAUUGGUUACUAUGAUUCCAUUCUGGACGACAGUUAUUUGAAUUUAUCAUAUGAAAAUCGAACUUACCAUCCCUUGAAGUACUACGAAAACGUUGAAGCUAAUCAAAAUCGAGUGGUUGUAGGAAAUCUAAAAAACUUACGUACGCCCAUAAGCAGAAACGCACCAUCUUAUCUUAAUGCUGCAACAGUCAAUGCUUUUUACAGCCCACAACGCAAUGCAAUAAUUUUCCCAGCAGGCAUUCUUCAACCUCCGUUUUAUCAUAAACAUUUUCCAAGAGUUUUGAAUUAUGGUGGUAUCGGUGUUGUUAUAGGUCAUGAAAUAACUCAUGGUUUUGAUGAUUCAGGUCGACAGUAUGAUAAAGAUGGUAAUUUAUUACAAUGGUGGACUGAUGACGUCAUUGGUAGAUUUAAAGAGAAAACAAAAUGUAUAGUAGACCAAUAUUCGAAUUAUAUUAUUAAAGAAACUGGUAUGAAUAUAAAUGGUAACAAUACACAAGGUGAAAAUAUAGCUGAUAAUGGCGGAUUAAAACAAAGUUAUAGGGCAUAUAGAAGAGCUGUUGAAAAAUAUGGCGACGAAGCACAACUUCCUGGUUUGAAAUAUAACAACGACCAACUCUUCUUUAUUAAUUUCGCACAAAUAUGGUGUACGAACAUGAGAAAACAAGGUUUCAUUAACCAGAUACUAACAGGUGUUCACAGCCCUGGGCGAUAUCGGGUAAUUGGUUCACUUCAGAAUUCUAAAGAUUUUGCCAAAGCAUUCAGCUGUCCGGUAGAUAGCUACAUGAACCCCAACCGUAAAUGUUGUGUGUGGUAAUUCAUCGCGUAGACCCAAAAGUAAACAAUUAUAUUCUUGUGCAAUAUGGAUAUAUUCAACAAUUUAAAGCUAGUGUCGAUGACGAAGAACAUGGAUCGCACAAAUUGAAGUCAAUGUCGAUGUGGAUCGCACAAAGUAUGUGCCGUUAAUGUUAAUUGUCCAUUGUCAGCAUAAUAUACGUGGUGUGGUGGUUGGUAGAAUUAUACGGUUUAUGUAAACCGAUGUAAUGCCUGUUGAUUUGCAUAAACUCGGCCAUCUUCACAAUUUCAAAUUACCAAAGCACUAAAUGUCUUACACACUGGAUGCGUUAGUUGACCUUAAUGCAUGUUGGCGAUGUCAAGGUACGCGAACAUCAAGCACAUUGCCAACGUUGCAGCUCUUGGAAGCAAAAAAAAAAAUGUUUAUAAACAAUCGGUGUAAAACAAUAUAUCAAUACAUCAUGGAAUUAAUGUGACAUUCAGAUUUAAAUGAGUAUUGACAUUAAAAUGAGUGGUUUCUGUUAAGUUAGACGAAGAAGUAAUAUUCCGAUACAUGUAUACCGGUACUGUCAAGUGAUAAACAUUUAUUUUCAUUAGUCUAUCAUCACCUAAUUAGUAAUCAUUGAUUUUUUUCUUAUUUUGAUGCGUGUUUUACUUCAUAUUUAUUGAGGAACAGAUCUUGGUAUUGUAAUUAUGCGACUGAUGGCGAGUCACAUUUUACGCAUUAAUACUGUGCUCGCACUAUGUUCUUGUUUUACAACUUUGUGAUCAGUGAUCCACGGAUGGUUUCUGAUACGUUAAAAUAGUUUAAGUUAUAGAUGUCAAAGUAUAGACAUUUUUAUAUAGAGAAACAUACCUCAUCCCACCUUUCUUACAGUUUUAUUUUUAUAUUUAUCGCAAUUUGUAUUAAAUCUAGUAAUUAAUAAAAGAAAACUGUUU